AUGGCGACUGUAACCGAAUUGGUAUCUGUCAACAAGGAUGUAAUCCGAGACAUAGCGGAGAAAAGUGUGACAAAUGUGAAAAAUACUAUUACGAUACAUACUAUCUAUCUAUCUAUCUAUCUAUCUAUCUAUCUAUCUAUCUAUCUAUCUAUCUAUCUAUCCCAUUCUGUUCAUAUCUAUCUAUCUAUCUAUCUAUCUAUCUAUCUAUCUAUCUAUCUAUCUAUCUAUCUAUCCCAUUCUGUUCAUAUCUAUCUAUCUAUCUAUCUAUCUAUCUAUCUAUCUAUCUAUCUAUCUAUUGAUAUACUUAUAUGUGAACGCGACACGGGUCGUUGUGUCUAUGGCUGUAAAAAGGGUUUCGAAGGAGAGAAAUGUGAUAAAUGUGCUCCUGGACAUAGUGGAGAGAAGUGCACCUCUGCCUGCCAUAACUGCAUUGCGGAGAAAUGUGAUGACAAUGGUAUAUGCCUUCACGGGUGCAAAGGCCAUUUUGUGGGGCCCAAAUGCGACCAUUGUGCCCUUUAUUAUUAUGGUGUUAAUUGCGACAACGAGUGUUACAGAUGUAACUAUGGAGACUGUAAUCCAUUUGGUAUUUGUAAUCAAGGAUGUCAUCCAAGAUUUACUGGGGACGGGUGUAGCAAAUGUAUAAGUGGAUAUUAUGGAGAAAAAUGUACCGAAUCUUGUUGGGGCUGUUUGAAUAGCGCAUGUGAGCAGAAGACCGGUCGUUGUGAAUUUGGCUGUAAAAAAGGUUUUAUUGGUUACAAAUGUGAUAAAUGUGCUCCUGGAUAUACCGGCAAGAACUGCCAUUAUGUUUGCAAUAACUGUGUUGCAGAGAAAUGCAAUCAGGAUGGUAUAUGCCUUCUCGGAUGCAAAAGUCAUUUCACUGGACCAAAAUGCGAUCAUUGUCACAAAUAUUAUUAUGGCAUUAAUUGUGAGAACUCCUGUUAUGGCUGUAACUAUGGAGACUGUAACUCACUUGGUGUAUGUAAUCAAGGAUGUAAUCCAAGAUUUACUGGACAAAGAUGUGACAAAUGUGCUCCUGGAUAUUCCGGAAAGAACUGCAUCACUGCCUGCUCUAAUUGCCUUGCAGACAAAUGCGAUCAAGAAGGUAUAUGCCUUCUCGGGUGCAAAGGUCAAUUCUCUGGUCCCAAGUGCCAUCAUUGUAAAAAAUAUUAUUAUAGCCUUAAUUGUGACAAGACUUGUUAUGGCUGUAACUAUGGAGACUGUAACGCACUUGGCAUUUGUAAUCAAGGAUGUAAUCCGAGAUUUACUGGAGAAAGAUGUGACAGAUGUGCAGGUGGAUAUUAUGGCGAAAAAUGUACUGAACAAUGUCGGGGCUGUUUGAACGGAAUAUGCAAUCGGGAAAAUGGUCGUUGUGAAUAUGGCUGCAAAAAAGGUUUUAUUGGACACAAAUGUGAUAAAUGUCUCCCUGGAUAUGCUGGCAAUGACUGUCAUUAUGUCUGCAAUAAUUGUGUUCAAGAGAAAUGCGAUCAAGAUGGUAUAUGCCUUAUCGGGUGCAAGGGUCAUUUUGUCGGUAUCAAAUGUGAUCAUUGUCAAAAAUUCUAUUAUGGCGUUGAUUGUGGCAAGACUUGUUAUGGCUGUAACUUUGGAGACUGUAACCCACAUGGUAUUUGUGAACAGGGAUGUUAUCCAAGAUUGACUGGAGAAAAAUGUGACAAAUGUAUAAGUGGAUAUUAUGGAGGAAGAUGUACUGAACCAUGUUGGGGCUGUUUGAAAGGCGCUUGUCAUCGGGACACCGGUCGUUGUGAAUAUGGCUAUUGCGAAAAAUAUUAUUACGGCGUUAAAUGUGACAAGACUUGUGAUGGCUGUAACCAUGGAGACUGUAACCCACUUGGUAUAUGCAAUCAAGGAUGUAAUCCGAGAUUUAGUGGAGAGAGAUGUGACAGCUGUGCAAGUGGAUAUUAUGGCGAAAAAUGUACUGAACCAUGUUGGGGCUGUUUGAAAGGGGCUUGUCAUCGGGACACUGGUCGUUGUGAAUAUGGUUGCAGAAAAGGUUUUAUUGGAUACAAAUGUGAUAAAUGUGCUCCUGGAUAUGCUGGCAAGAAUUGUCACUAUCUCUGCAAAAAUUGUGUUCAAGAGAAAUGCGAUCAAGAUGGUAUAUGCCUUAUCGGCUGCAAAAGUAAAUUUAUCGGUCCCAAAUGCCAGUAUUGUCAAAAGUAUUAUUAUGGAGUUAAUUGUGACAAGACUUGUUAUGGUUGUAGCCAUGGAGACUGUAACCCACUUGGUAUAUGCAAUCAAGGCUGUAAACCGAGUUUUAGUGGAGACAGAUGUGACAAAUGUACAAGUGGAUAUUAUGGUGAAAAAUGUACUGAACCAUGUUGGGGCUGUUUGAAAGGCGCUUGUCAUUGGGACACUGGUCGUUGUGAAUAUGGCUGUAAAAAAGGUUUUAUUGGAUACAAAUGUGAUAAGUGUGCUCCUGGAUAUAUUGGACAUAAGUGCACCCCUGCAUGCUUCAACUGUAUUGCAGAGAAAUGCAGUCACGAGGGAAUAUGCCUUCUUGGGUGUAAAGGUCAAUUUGCGGGUCCCAAAUGUGAUCGUUGUCAAAAAUAUUAUUAUGGCGUUAAUUGUAAUAAAAUGUGUCAUGGCUGUAAAGAUGGUGACUGUAAUCCAAUUGGUAUUUGUCAACAAGGAUGUAAUCCAAGAUUCAUUGGAGAAAAAUGUGACACAUGUGUCUCUGGAUAUGCAGGAAAGAACUGCAGCUAUGUGUGCAAAAACUGUAUUGCUGAGAAAUGUAGCCAUGAUGGUGUCUGUAUUCUUGGGUGCAAAGAGCAUUUCGCUGGGCCCAAGUGUGAAUGGUGUCAUUCAGGAUAUUAUGGUGUCGACUGCAUAAAUGACUGUAGAGGAUGUAUUUCUGAAGAAUGUGAUUCAACCUCUGGCCGAUGCGUCAAAGGAUAUUGCAUCUCUGGGUUUUACGGAGAAUUUUGCAAUAAAAAAUGUCCUCUCUGUCGCGAUGGAAAGUGUCAUCAAAUAACAGGUAACUGUUUGCUGGGAUGUAUUGAUGGAUAUUCAGGAAGCACUUGUAAUGAAUGCAAGUUGGGUUAUUAUGGCGUGAAUUGUAAUAGAGAGUGUCAGUACUGUAAAAAGGAAGUAUGUAACAGACAAGGUGAAUGUCUACAUGGCUGUGGAGAUCGCUUUACUGGCAAAAAAUGUGAAGAGUGUAUACCAGGCUAUUAUGGCAAAUAUUGUGAGAAUGUUUGCGAUACUUGUAUCGGCCGUAAAUGUAAUAUUGAUGGAAUCUGCAUGGAAGGAUGUGUGGUCGGAUACAAAGGCCAAAGAUGUCAAGAAUGCAUAUCUGGUUAUUAUGGUAAAACAUGUAGCGAGCGAUGCAACAGAUGCUUAAAAAAUCUGUGCCAUCCAAAAACGGGUUACUGCACUAUUGGAUGUCCUUUCAAAUUUGCUGGUUUGAAAUGUGAAGAAUGUCCUCUUGGUCGUUAUGGGGCUAAUUGUUCAUCUACCUGCAAUUUUUGUUUUGAAAAGAAGUGUUAUCCAGCCACAGGUAUAUGCAAAAUAGGUUGCAUAAAUUCGUACAGUGGCCCGAGAUGUAAUCAAUGUGUGAUUAAUCGUCAUGGCGGAGAUUGUUCAAACUCAUGUCGAAAAUGUAAAUUCGGACAUUGUGACCAAACCUAUGGUACUUGUUUGUAUGGUUGUGCCAAAGGAUACGCUGCACCUCACUGUGACAAAUGUGACACCGGAUAUUAUGGAGAAUUUUGUGAUCUGACGUGUGAAAACUGCCUCUUCGAGAAAUGCGAUCAGUUUGGUAAAUGUCUACAAGGAUGCAAAGAAAGGUUCCAAGGUGGAAGAUGUACAGAAUGCGUCGGAGGUUAUUACGGAGAGAAAUGUCACCUGAGAUGUCAUCGCUGCUAUUCUGAACUAUGCCAUAAAGUGACAGGCCAAUGCUUAAAGGGAUGUAAAGAAAGAUAUGCUGGUGUUAAUUGUGAAGUUUGCGCUCAUGGCUAUUAUGGAAAUGAUUGUUCUUUGAAAUGUACUGGUUGUCUUGAUGAAAGCUGUGACGCCAGAACUGGAUCCUGUCUUCAUGGCUGCAAGAUUGGAUAUUAUGGAAGCCAUUGCAAAGCCUGUCCUGCCGGUCAAUAUGGAGAUAAAUGCCAAUUUAUAUGUGAUGGAUGCAUCAACAAUGCAUGUGAUGUAGCAAGUGGCUAUUUAAGGAUCACUUUCAAAGCACCAUCUAUCUAUCUAUCUAUCUAUCUAUCUAUCUAUCUAUCUAUCUAUCUAUCUAUCUAUCUAUCCAAGCCUGUUCAUAUCUAUCUAUCUAUCUAUCUAUCUAUCUAUCUAUCUAUCUAUCUAUCUAUCUAUCUAUCCAAGCCUGUUCAUAUCUAUCUAUCUAUCUAUCUAUCUAUCUAUCUAUCUAUCUAUCUAUCUAUCUAUCUAUCUAUCUAUCCAAUGGAAGUCGAUGCCAAGAUUGUCGAGUCGGCUACUUUGGAAGAAAAUGUGAGAAAUAUUGUUAUAGCUGCCGAAAAGAAAAUUGUGACCCCGUUGAUGGAAAAUGUCGAGAAGGCUGUAAAGAAAAUUACAGCGGAGAAUAUUGCAAAGUACAGCGGCAUAAAUUGUGAAAAAUGCAGUCGCGGUUAUUAUGGAGUGGACUGUAAGUGGAGAUGCGAAUUUUGUCCAGAACUGAAAUGUAACAAUAUCAUGGGAUACUGUGAUCUUCCGUGCCCGCCUGAAAAAACUGGAUAUCGAUGUGAAAUGGCCAAUGAAUGUAGACUGGGAUAUUAUGGUCAUGACUGCCAAUGGAAAUGUGGACAUUGCCGAAACAACGAACAGUGCAAUAAAAUAGACGGUAUCUGCCCAUCGGGUUGCGCUUUGGGUUGGACUGGAACUCUCUGUAAAACCAAAGAUGAAUGUAGACACGGAUUUUAUGGCCCUCACUGCAGAUUUGAAUGCGGACAUUGCCUAAACAACGAACAAUGUAAGAAGCAUGACGGUACCUGCCCAUCGGGUUGUGCGUUGGGAUGGACUGGAAUUCUCUGCAAAACCAAAGAUGAAUGUCAACACGGCUUUUAUGGCCCUGAAUGCAGGUUGGAAUGUGGACAUUGCCUAAACAACGACCAAUGCAGGAAAAUUGACGGUACCUGCCCGUCGGGUUGCGCCUUGGGAUGGACUGGAAAACUGUGUAAAACCAAAGAUGAAUGUCGACACGGAUUUUAUGGCCGGGACUGCACAUUAGAAUGUGGAAAUUGCUUAAACAACGAACAAUGCAGAAAACAUGACGGUACCUGCCCAUCGGGUUGCGCCUUAGGAUGGACUGGAAAACUCUGUAAAACCAAGGAUGAAUGUCAACAUGGAUUUUAUGGCCGGGACUGCACAUUAGAAUGUGGAAAUUGCCGAAACAACGAACAAUGCAGGAAAUAUGACGGUACCUGUCCAUCGGGUUGCGCCUUAGGAUGGACUGGAAAACUCUGUAAAACCAAAGAUGAAUGUCGACACGGAUUUUAUGGCCGUGACUGCACAUUGGAAUGUGGACAUUGCCUAAACAAUGAACAAUGCAGGAAAUAUGACGGUACCUGCCCAUCGGGUUGUGCUUUGGGAUGGACAGGGAGACUCUGUAAAACCAAAGAUGAAUGUCGACACGGAUUUUAUGGUCGGGAUUGCACAUUGCAAUGUGGAAAUUGCCGAAACAACGAACAAUGCAGGAAAUAUGACGGUACCUGCCCAUCGGGUUGCGCCUUGGGAUGGACUGGAAGACUGUGUAAAACCAGUUUCUUUCUAUCUAUCUAUCUAUCUAUCUAUUUAUCUAUCUAUCUAUCUAUCUAUCUAUCUAUCUAUCUUCACACACACACACACACACAUAUACACAUACAGAGAGAUGGGGAGAGAGAGAAUUGCAUUCUCGAGCCAAACACUGACACGCCCUGGACUAUGUCAUCACCCGACAGAGAGACUGCAGAGACGCCCUCAUCACACGCUCCUUCCCCGUAUAUCCAACGACUGCUGGACGGACCAUCGAUUGCUUAUGUCCAAAAUCGACAUCCGAACACGCAGACAUCUACGCGGAAAACACCCGGUGACAAGGAAAUUUGA